CAAGUGACGCCUAAGCUGUGCUUAAGCUUGUGGGGCUGUUCUAUCACUAAACCAGCACACAUUAGCUGCCUUGUAGUCCAUUGUGAGACAGCGCGAUAGAGCAGCUUUGCCUCCUUGCCUAGAAACCAGCGCCUGACGAACAUCGCCGUAGAGUCCCACAGCUUUACUGUCUUCUGCUCCGGGCCAGCGCCAGCCUUUUCCUCUGCACACCGUGCUCGUAAUAAUAUCGCAUGUCCUCUAUCCAGAACCUCAACUCUUUCGACCCCUUUGCUGAUGCAACUAAGGGUGACGACUUACUCCCGGCAGGGACUGAGGAUUAUAUCCAUAUAAGAAUCCAGCAACGUAACGGCAGGAAGACAUUAACAACUGUCCAGGGAAUUGCAGAUGAUUACGACAAAAAGAAGCUUGUAAAAGCUUUCAAGAAGAAAUUUGCUUGUAAUGGUACUGUGAUUGAACAUCCUGAGUACGGAGAAGUCAUUCAGCUUCAGGGGGAUCAACGAAAAAAUAUCUGCCAGUUUCUUAUGGAGAUUGGCAUUGUCAAGGAAGAACAAUUAAAGGUUCAUGGUUUCUGAGAUGUGGAUUACAUAAGAUUCUUGCGACUUGCCAAUCUUGGCUAUUUUGUGAACCAUGCAUAUUUGCAGUAGAAGGACUUUUAACAUGUCUGAGCAUUCAAAACUAGGUCCUUUUUUGCAUGACUACCGGAAAAGUGUAAUGAUUAGGCUAGUAACACAUAAAAAAAUAGCUGUAAGAUGGUAAAAGAACAGUGUGUUUUACCACAUUUCCAAUGGAAAUGUUUUAGUGCUGGUGUCAUUUUUUUGUUUUUUUUUUUUCUCCCUUCCCUCCCCUUGACUUGAUUUAAUGUCUUUGUUGUAUUAAAACCAUAUGUUGCUGCCUA